AAAAGUUGUCAAAAAUGCCUACCUACAAGCUCACCUAUUUCAAUGCUCGUGGAUACGCUGAGGCCGCACGUAUCCUCUUCCACUUGGCAGAUGUUCCAUUCGAGGACUUCCGUAUGACACACGGAGAUGGAACAUGGGAGAAGCUUAAAGACGGCGCCCCAUUUGGUCAAGUACCUUACCUGACCGUUGAUGGAUUUGAUAUCCCACAAUCUGCUGCAAUAAUCCGCUACCUUGCCAACAAAUUCGGAUAUGCUGGAAAAACCCCAGAAGAGCAGGUUUGGGCAGAUGCCAUCGUUGAUCAGUUCAAGGAUUUCAUGGGAUCAUUCCGCGAACGUAUCAUGGCACAUUUCGCUGGAAAAUCUCAGGAAGAAAUUGCAAAGAUCACUUCUGAAGUAGUGAUUCCAGCUAGAGAUUCGUACUUUAAGAUUCUCAAUGGGCUUCUUGAAAAGAGCAAGUCAGGAUUCCUAGUCGGCGACAGUAUCACCUUCGCGGACAUUGUCAUCUCUGAGAAUAUUACUACUUUGGAGAAAAAUCAAUUGUUUGUUGCUUCGGAGCAACCAAACUUGGCUGCUCUUCGAGAGAAGGUCUAUGCAAUUCCAGCUAUCAGGAAGUGGGUAGAGGCUCGUCCAGAUACUCAGUACUAAAUCGAAAAUUUUCUUGAAAUUUUGUUCAAUGAAGUAAUAUAAUUACAAAUUCGAAUAAAUUUUUAAAAUGCACCACU